AACAAAACGCCUAUUUAAUAGUAGUAAACAACAGUCCUGCAGAAAAACGACGGAAAUUUGCUUUAACCGCGCUGGGGUUUUGUGUGAAAAUUUUGCUUAUUGCAACAGGAAGUAAGUUUCAUUAUGCCGCCUGUGAAAAACGAUGGUGAAAGCGAUGGAGACGGUGAUAUGUCCGGGGCCGAAACAGAGCACUCUGGCUCGAGCCAGGGACAUGAUUCAAGCGCCGAGGAGGCAGACGAGCCCGAUUCGGAUGAUUCCUCGGAAAUGUCCGAAAGCGAAUGCGACCGCCGGCGCGCCAGUUGUCUAGAAAAUUUAAGCAAUCUAGAAAAACAAUUCUCCAUUCUUAAAGAACAGCUGUACAAAGAACGUAUGAACCAGAUAGAUUAUAAUUUGCAAGAGAUUCGUAGCGGUCGAUCGGAGGAAUAUAUUAAUCCCGUGAAUGUUCUGCUGGAGAAAAUGAACUGCCGCAAGGAGGUCGCAAAAGUGCUCAAAAGGUAUCGCAUCGACAACAUCCAAAACAUUUUCGAUGGAGAAGCACAAGCUGCCUAUCAACAUUUCGAUAGUGAAAAAAAUCUCGGCGAAGACGUCAUUUCGGAUGAAAUAAUGGAUACGGUACGACGGCUGGAGGAGGAUCGCCAUAACGUGGAUAUUUCCUGGGCCGACUGGGGCAAGAGUACGAGAACGGCAAAGGUGCGGGGUCCAGGUCGAAAGAAGGCGGUAACGGUGUCCGGACCGUACAUCGUGUACAUGCUGCGGGAGGAGGAAAUACUCGAGGACUGGACAUCGAUACGAAAAGCACUGAAACGGUCGACGGCUGCCGCUACCUGAUAUUUAUUGUAGGAGAAUCAAGGGGAAUUUUUAUGAUAGAGUUAAGAGUGCUGCAAUUUUCCUUCGUUUCGGUUAGAAUAAUGGUGCAGUGAGACACGUGGAAGGCAAUUCAGCAGGAUGAAUACGCAUUCUGAUUGGAUACAUUCGUGUGUCAAUUUCCAAAUCAUUAUUAGUUAACUGAAUUUGAAUGAUACACCUUUUACCACUGUUUAGCGCAAUGGCCAAGGUGUUUAGUGACACCGUCCAAAACAUUACGAUACGAUGCACCUGUACAAUCAACUCUUUGAACAAAAGCGCUCACAAAAGGC